AAGCGGCGGCAGCCUUGCUAACAGACUGCUAGCGUCAGUGACUCUGGCAGCCGGGCACGGCGCUGUUCCGCCACAGAGCUGGCAGAAAGGGGACCCGCGGCGGGUAGACAGUACACACAACCUCCAAGUCGGGAUUUCUGGGAUAUCACUGGGAGUAAUGUGGCAAAUCCUGGCGGACUGGCUGGAAAAAGGUGCCCGGUGACUGGACGUAGGUGCGGCCUGGCCGGGGAGCCUCAAGCGGAUAUUUCCGGAAUAUCACACUAUGCUGGGAUUCCCGAGAGGGGGGGCGGAAGAGAAUCCCACUGGACGGAUCAAAGGUUGACGACACAUGGCAAUGGUAACACGACGACGACUAUGGAAUGCAUAUGUGGGAAGGUAUGCAAGAACCGACAUGGCCUGCGGAUCCACCAGGCCAGGAUGAAGUGUAUGCAGAAGCAGAAGGUGGUAGAAUCACAGUGCACAGGAACUACGCCUGGUGAGACGCAGGAGGAGCCAGGCCCGGAGUCACCCCACAGUGCCCGGAGCCUCCAGGUGAUGCAACCACCAGAAGCACACAGGACAUCAGAACAUCGUCGGGUAAAGUGGCCCCAAGCUAGCAAGGAGAAAGAGUGGCUCCAGUUUGAUGAAGAUGCUGAUACCAUCUUGGAAACAACAGCCAAAGGGGAUGCUGAUCGACGCCUCAAGACGAUGACCACGAUCAUCAUCAGCCUCGCUGCAGAGAGGUUUGGACUUGAGGAGAAGCGGGCAGCGAAGCCCCCCUACAUCAUGAACAAUAGAGCGAGUAAAAUCCAUCAGCUCAGGCAGGAACUGAAGUGUUUAAGACAGCAGUUCAAGGUUGCACGUGAAGAGGAUAGGGGGCCUCUUGCGGAACUACGUUGUAUAAUCUGCAAGAAGCUAAUAACCUUCAGGAGAGCGGAGUGGCAUAGGAGGAGGAGGAAGGAAAGGUCCAGGAGGAGAGCUGCCUUUCUGGCGAAUCCCUUUGGAGUCACAAAACAGCUGCUAGGACAGAAGCGAAGCGGUAGACUGGCCUGCUCCAAAGCUGAGGUCGACCACCACCUCAAGCAAAUUUACAGCGAUGGAUGCAGAGAACAAGACCUAGGCCCCUGCAGGUCCUUGAUCAAUCCACCAACACCAACGCUUGACUUCGAUGGGAAAGAGCCCGGCUGGAAGGAGAUCCAGGAGGUGGUCCGCAGGGCAAGGACGAGCUCUGCUCCAGGGCCCAGUGGAGUACCUUAUAAGGUCUAUAAGAACUGUCCAAGACUACUCCACAGACUCUGGAGAAUCCUGAAGGUGAUCUGGAGGAGGGGCAAGGUAGCAGACCAGUGGAGACAGGCAGAGGGUGUGUGGAUCCCAAAGGAGGAGAAGUCUAAGAACAUCAAUCAGUUCCGAACCAUCUCGUUGCUGAGUGUUGAAGGGAAGAUCUUCUUCAGCCUCAUGGCCAGGCGACUGACAGACUACCUCCUGAAGAACUCCUACAUUGAUACAUCGGUCCAGAAAGGAGGGAUCCCAGAGGUAUCUGGAUGUCUGGAGCACACAGGCGUGGUCACUCAGCUCAUCAGGGAAGCCAGGGAGAAUAAGGGGGACCUGGCUGUUCUGUGGCUGGACCUCGAAAAUGCCUAUGGAUCCAUACCCCACAAGCUGGUCGAAGAGGCACUGAAUCGGCAUCAGAUUCCAAAGAAGUUCAGAGACCUCAUUCUGGACUACUAUGCCAACUUCCAUCUAAGAGUCUCCUCCGGAAAAACAACCUCCGACUGGCACAGGCUUGAAAAGGGGAUCAUCACUGGCUGUACGAUCUCAGUCAUCCUCUUUGCGCUCGCCAUGAACAUGCUGGUGAAGUCUGCGGAAGUUCAGUGCAGAGGUCCCCUCUCCAGGUCUGGAGUCCGGCAGCCACCCAUCCGAGCCUUCAUGGACGACCUGACAGUGACCACUACAUCCGUCCCAGGUUGCAGGUGGAUCUUGAAUGGCCUUCAGGAGGUGAUUUCCUGGGCUCGCAUGAACUUCAAGCCGGCCAAGUCGAGGGUCCUAGUGCUAAAGAAAGGAAAGGUUACUGGCGAGUUCUGCUUCUCACUUGGCACCACCAAAAUACCAUCACUCACCGAGGAACCUGUGAAGAGCUUGGGAAAGGUGUUUAAUUGCAGCCUGAGAGACGCAGCCUCCACAAGAUCGACCAACCAAGACCUGGAGACCUGGCUGACCGUGGUGGAUAAGUCUGGCCUUCCUGGCAAGUUCAAGGCCUGGAUUUACCAGCACGGGAUUCUCCCUCGGAUCCUCUGGCCCCUCAUGGUGUACGAAGUCCCCAUUUCAACGGUGGAAGGCUUUGAGAUGAGGGUCAGUAGGUUCCUGCGCAGGUGGCUAGGACUGCCGCGAAGCCUGAGCAGCAUUGCUCUAUACGGGCAUAACAACAAACUGAAGCUCCCCAUCAGCAGCCUGAGUGAGGAGUUCAUGGUGACACGGUCCAGGGAGCUCCUACAGUAUCGGGAGUCCAGUGACCCAAAGGUUGCACAGGCUGGGAUUGAAGUCAGGACGGGGCGGAAGUGGAGAGCUGUCGAGGCUGUGGAUGUUGCAGAGGCAAGGCUACGGCAAAAGGUUUUGGUGGGAACAGUGGCGCAGGGGAGAUCUGGCUUAGGUAGCAGAAGAACACCUCGCUAUGAUAAGGCGCAGGGGAAAGAGAAGAGGUCACUGAUCCUCGAGGAAGUGCGAGCAGGAGUUGAGGAAAGGCGAGCCUGCCAGAUGGCGGGAAUGCGGCAACAGGGCGCCUGGCCGAGAUGGGAACAAGCAUCAGAGCGUAAGGUCACAUGGACCGAGCUCUGGAAAGCCGAACCCCAUCGAAUAAAGUUCUUGAUCCAGGCGGUCUACGAUGUGCUGCCAAGUCCAUCCAACCUCUUCACCUGGGGAAAGGUGGAGACACCAGGGUGCCCCCUCUGCCAGAGGAGAGGAACCUUGGAGCACAUCCUAAGCUGUUGUCCAAAAGCCCUGGGUGAAGGGCGGUACCGCUGGCGACAUGACCAGGUCCUGAAGGCCAUAGCUGAUGCCAUCUGCAGGGGAGUCAGUCACAGCAAGAGCCUCCGCCCAGUGAAGAGUACUGCUUUCAUCAAGGCUGGGGAGAAGUCAACGCCGGCUGCCCGGAACACCUCGUCUGGCCUGUUGGCAACAGCACGCGACUGGGAGCUGUCAGUUGAUCUGGGAAAGCAGUUGAAAUUCCCUGACGUGGUUGCUAAAACAACACUAAGGCCAGAUAUUGUGCUCACCUCAGUGGCCUCCAAGCAGGUAAUCCUCUUGGAGCUCACAGUGCCUUGGGAGGACCGUAUGGAGGAGGCCAAUGAGAGGAAGAGCGCAAAGUACUCUCAGCUUGUGGAGGAGUGUCGGAGCAAUGGGUGGCGAGCGAUGUGCCGGCCUGUUGAAGUGGGGUGUCGAGGGUUUGUGGGCAAAUCUCUCUGCAGGGCCUACAGAAUGCUUGGCAUCACAGUGGCAAGCCAGCAAAGGGCCAUGAAGUUAGUCACAGAUGCAACAGAAGUGGCAUCAAGGUGGCUGUGGAUCAGGAGGGGAGAGGCGUGGCAUGUAGGGCAGUAGCGCUACCUGGACACAGGCUGGGGCCUGAUCAACCCUGGCUGGGUCGCCUAGGGGAGGGGGCCUGAUUGUUGAAAGACCCGAAACCCCCUGUGAUCCUAGGUUACAUCACUGAGGAUGUGUCCAGUUGCACCAUUGGUGUAUUUAAAAGUUAUGUUUUUCAUAUAUAUUUUCAUAUUUCAUAUUUUUCAAAUAUUUCAUAUUCCACACAUCAACACAUUCAGUAUGAGAUGAGAUCAAUGAGAUAAGGUAAGAACAGGAUAUAAACUGGUGUGGAACUAGUUCCAAUGUAAUAUGCCAUGGAAAUACAAUGUUAACACUUUUGUGCAAAUAAGUACAGUUGCACUUGUUUUUUCAAAUGUGUUCAUUUUGUAAAGGAAUGGGUUAAAUUUUUAAGAUAACUGUUUAAUAGUGCUAUUAUGAAGUGCAAUGUCAGCACAAUUUUUUUUAUUAUACUGUAAAUACAUACAGCGUUUUAAAAGCAUACACAAUCUGCGUAAAUGUAUUAGUCUGUGGUUAAUAGGACUUGAAAUGACUCGAAACUCAAAAUGCAGGACUUGGGACUUGACUUGAGACUUUGCAGUCUUGACUUUGGACUUGACUCGGGACUUGCCUGUCUUGACUUGGGACUUGACUCGAGACUCGAGGGCAAAGACUUGAGACUUACUUGUGACUUGCAAAACAUUGACUUGGUCCCACCUCUGGUAUUUAAUACAAAUAUAAAUCAGUCCAGAGUGACUGGGAGUCACCGUGAGUCUCAGUCAGUGGUAAUACUUAAGCAAUAUAUGAACGAUUAUGGUCUUUGCGAUGCCUGCCGUUCUUAUCACCGCACUUAUAGGGAAUACACUUAUUUUUUCCCAGUUACUCACUAACAAAACUAUCACUGCACCUAUAAAACAAUGGAGACUUAAUACAUCAUUACUACAGGACCCUGACUUCCUUAACUAUUUUGAGAAAGAAUGGACAGAUUUUUUUUAUUUUAAUGAUCAACUAGAAAUCACGGCUUGCGUUCUCUGAGAGUAAGUAAAAGUAGUUAUGCGAGAAAAAAUUAUUUCUUAUUCAUCAUGCAAGACGAAAAAUAAACGUUUAUUUGAGCAGGAACUUGAAAAUGAAAUAAAACUAUUAGAAAUAGCAUAUGCUAACUCACAAAAUUGACACACUCUGAACAAAUUGAGAAAACUAAAAUUAGAUUUAAGAGAAAUUAUUGAUAAGAAAAGUCAAUUCUUGCUCCAGCGGUUACGCUUAGAAAAAUUUGAUCAUGACAAAAAACCAAGCAAAUAUUUGGUUAACCAACUAAAAUUAAACAAAAUAUAUAACUCUAUACCAUCCAUUAAGGAUUCAGCUGGGAACAUUACGCAUGUUCUGAGGAAAUUAACUCCCUCUUUAGACACUUUUACAGAAAAUUGUAUACACCCCAAAUUGACCCAUCUCCUUCAGACAUUGAGCCAUUUCUCAAUGGUAUAGACUUACCUAAAUAAAAUACAAGACAGGUAUCAAAUUUAGAUCUUGCUAUUUCUGUAGAUGAACUUCACGAUUCUCUUCAACAGAUGCCAUACAAUAAAGCACCAGGGCCUGAUGGAUUCCCUGUGGAGGUCUACAAAACAUUCUGGUCACUGUUAGCUCCGAUAUUUACAAAAAAAUAUGACUUUAGAGAUGAAAGAAAACUCAUUCCUUCCUCCAAAUAUGAACUCGACCACUAUCAGUCUCUUGCUAAAACCUGAUAAACCUGAUUACCGUCCAAUCUCCCUCAUUAAUGCUGAUCUUAAAAUUAUUUGCAAAGUAUUAGUUUAAAGAUUAGAAAAAGUCACUUCAUAUAUAGGACAACCUGAUCAAACAGGUUUCAUCAAAGAGAGACAAUCGUCCAACAAUGUUCGCCGCCUACUCAAUGUGAUAGACUAUUCUGUUAUUCAUAACCUAAAAACAGCCGUUGUUUCAUUAGAUGCUGAAAAAGCAUUUGAUAGAGUGAAUUGGAAUUUUCUUCUAGCUACUCUACAGAAAUUUGGAUUUGGAGACUCAUUUAUAGCAUUGAUCAAGGUCCUGUAUAGUUUCCCUACAACUUCGGUUAGAACAAACAGCCAAAUCUCUCCAAGUUUUCAUCUUAUGAGGGUCACUAAGCAAGGGUGUCCACUUCCUCCGUCACUGUUUACUAUAUUUUUUUAACCUCUUGCAACCGCAAUUCGACAGCAUGCAAAUAUUAAAGGCAUCCAUAUCAUAACCGUUCAUCAUAAAAUAAGCCUUUAUGCUGAUGGUGUAUUACUUUUCCUACAAAAUCCACAUUCUUCUCUUCAAGAUAAAUUUCACUCAUUAAUAAAUUCAGUUCUAUUUCAGAUUACUCCAUGAACUGGUCCAAAUCUACUUUGUUACCAAUUAAUUUUGACUUUCAGAGCACAUCAUCGAUUCCACUUCACAAAGGGAACAUUAAAUACCUGGGUAUCAAUAUUUCCUCCACAUUGUCAGAUCUGAAUUGCUUGACUUACUCCCCAAUCUUAAAAUCAAUUGAGGAUGAUCUGGCGCAUUGGAAGACACUGCCCAUCUCAAUUAUGAGAAGGGUUUCUACUGUCAAAAUGAUGGUCUUGCCUUGGGUUAAUUAUCUGUUUUCAAUGAUUCCAACCAAACCUUCACAAAUCUGGUUUAAAUCACUAGACUCACACAUCAAUCAGUUUCUUUGGAAAAGUAAACCAGCACUAAUCAGCCUUAAAACUUUACAAAAACCCAAAGAAUAUGGGGGUCUAGAACUCCCAAACUUUUCCUAUUACUUCCUUGCAUAUAAACUAAAAUAUAUAUAUUAAAAUGGAUCAAUCCCAAAUUAUUAGAUAAUUUAUGGUUGGAGAUUGAACAAUCACUCAGCCAGGAGAUCUCAAUUUGUAACUUUUUAAAACUUUAAGUACAACUUACAGUAACUUUUUUUUAUUAGCCAAAUUCUCAGAAAACACAACUGCUUUAAAAGUAUUAAUAUACGCACUACAUUAACAGCUUGGUGCGAAUUUUUGAAAAUAACUGUGUCCCCGCUCACUCCCUGCCAGUUUACGCCUAUUUGGAAUAAUCCUGAUUUUUUGUUUAGCAAGAAACCAUUGAACUUUCCAACAUGGUAUGGUAAGGGAGUCAAAUACUUUGGGGAUAUCAUCCAUGGAAACAGUUUUAUGUCUUUUAAAAGUUUAAUUACAUGAUAUGCAAGGUAAAGGAGCAUGUAUAAUCAAAAUAAAUUAUGUGAUUAAUCUGCGUAUGUACAUACAUGAUUAAUGCAAUAUUUUGUAUGUUAAAUCACAUGACUUAAUCUAGCUAUCAUUAUUUUUGGCAGUCUUAAUUUUUUGUUAUGUAUUUCAAUCUGAAAUAGUUUGAUAGAAGGUAAACCACAGCCCCCAGCAAUUUAAAGCUGCUGUACCGAUGCAUUCUUAUCUGGAAUGCAAACAGUAAUUUUCUCGAACAAAGUAGACCUGGAAAAAGCUUGAAAUGUUAUGAAAUAAUUAAUUUAAAUCACCAUUUGCUAAAAAAAACACAUAAUUUAUACCUUUUCAAACUUAUACUCAAAUAAUAUAUUUAUUAUCUAUUAUUUGCCGUGCUGGAUGAUUUUGUGAGGAUAAACAAAAUGUUCAACAUGUGACACAUUACAUACGUCACUUAAAUAUGCAGAGUUGACAAAAUAUGGAGGAGAAUAGAGACAUCAGAUUAAAAGUUCCAACUGAUCAGCAAUAAAGCUUAUGUUGAGAUAUCAACAAUCUGUCAGUGUCAUUACCCUGGUUUGCGUUUUGCAUAUUACGGCAGCAAGUGAAGGCAGUGAUCGGACUCAAACGUGCUCACCACUCAGGUUUGGUCUGUGUUUUGUGAUAGCUUUACUAAUUGACCAUUUAACUUGUUUUCAACACUAAAUUGACCCUAUUGUGUGAAUGUGAGUGUGAAUGAUGUCUCUCUGUCUGUGUUGGCCCUGCGAUGAGUUGGCGACUUGUCCAGAGUGUAAACCACCUUACGCCCGAAUGCAGCUGAGAUGGGCUCCAGCACCCCCCGCGACCUCAAAAGGGACAAGCGGUAGAAAAUGGAUGGAUGGAUGUAUUUUACUGUAUACAUCAUCCGGCGUUGAACAUUAUAGACCAUAUACACGUAUUAUCAGAUUACCUGUACACGACUCUAGAUUUAUUAUUUUUUAUUAUUAACUAAAACACUUAUUGUUCUUCCAUUUACAUUAUAGAGACACUAACACCAUAUAAAACAGGGGU